GCUGCAGGCGGAAAAAUUCGCUCAAUCGCGCUCCAACAAGUGGUUCCUCAAUAGUUUCCGCGCCCUGGCAGAACAAAUCUAAACGGAUAUUAAUAGGGAUUUCCCCCUCUUCAGUGUGUAUUUGAGUGUAUGAACUUUGGCUGUUAGGAAAACAAGUGACUUUUGGAAAAGUUUUUCCUCGUCCGUCGGGACAGCGUAGUGCAGUGGAAGAUACAGAACACCGUCGCGAGUAGAGAGUGGCCUCGUCGAGUUUCUGUGUUUGUUACUUGGAAAUUUUCCUCUGGAUCUGAAGUGUGGAACGGUUACUGAAACGAUAAAGGAAGAAGAUCGCCAAAUGAUGCGCCCCAAUUGCUAAGCAAACCCCAUCCAAGUGGAACCCCCACAACCUCAGAAUCCCGCCAUCAAAAUUGGAUCCCAAGAACCGGGCCAGCAAUAGUGUCACAUUUCGCCCCGGGUGCGGCCGGCAAUUGACGCGUACCGAACCGAAAUCAACAUGCCACCGAUAGUAAUUCUGUGCUUGCAGCUAAUUAUAGGAACCGUGUGCGAUGCUUCCCCUUAUAUCCGCCCAGCCUUGGCCGGCCCUGUAGCGCUAUUUCCUUCCGCGGGGGCAUCAUCACCUUCGCUACAUCGCUCGUCGUCGUCGAAUAUCAGCACAUCAAAGCGGCAACCGACGACGUUAAUUGAAUCUGGCGAUGGUUUUGCUUAUCGGCAGCAUCAUCAACCUCCCGGGCAGCAGAAACACCAUCAACCGCCGGACGAAGGACACUUCUAUGGGCAGCAGCAUCCCCAUUUCCGACAACCGCAAGCAUUUCCUCCGGACCAUCACGUCUACCAGCCGGGCCCGUUAUCGCCGUUCAAUCGUGGGGGUUCUGGAUCGGAGAACUUCAUGUCAGAAGUCCCAUCGGAGCCGCAAGACUACUACCAGCAGCGAUCCGACGGGUACGAGCUGGCAUUCCCAGAAGUGACACCGUCGCCAUCCUCGUCGGCUGAGAUGGAAAACGAAAUCGUCGGCAGUCCUCUGCUGUUUGCCGACGACAGCAAAUAUCCUCCACCUUCCGGGGCUGGUAGCAACUCCAACAGCAACAGCGGGGGCGAAAGCUUCGAUCUAAUCCGGGAAAGCCUAGAACGAAUCAAAGAGGAGGAAGACAUCGAUAUCAAAUCGGAACUGUUGAUGCGACUUCUGGAGCAAAUGCCCGAGGGACCGCUCCCGGUUGUGUACAUUGAGGACUCCGCUGGAAAGGGGGCGGAAAGUGGGGAUGGCAGUGCUUCCGAUGACGAUGGAGUGGUUGAAGGAGACGAUCAAUUGACGGGCAACGGAAGCAAGCGGUCCGGGAGGUACUACCGGAGGUAUCCGUGGAAGAGACAAAACUCGAGGAGCAGAACAUAUGACGCUGACGCUCGCUAUCUGUGCGUCCCGAGCCGGGAGGACAUCUUCAAGCUGCUCGUCGGGCUGCACGAGAACCGAACCGGCAACCAUCAACGGACGAUCAAUUUCUGCAAUCGGAAGCGACCCGCCAAAGCAAUUUUCACAAACAUCCGAUUUCUGGGAUAAACUUCUCCUCGUCAGCUCCGGAAGUGAAAUUCCCAUCGACGGUUUUGUGCAACGGAUGGACGAUGGCGUCCUGGUCCGAAAAAAAUUGUAUUCAUCUCCAGUGUGUAUUUUAAUCGCGGGACGCUAAACCUUCCGGAUGGAACGUGAAAUGUAAAAAAAAAAUCAAACAAGGAAUUUAACAACAAUGGCAGCAAAUAUUAGUAUUGUAUAAAAAAAAACUUUGAAAAACUGAACGACCCACGGCAGCAGCUCUAGACGUACUUGUGUCGCGUAGAUUUUGUCUGUUCCUUCUCCGGAUGAUGAUUUGAAGGAGCCUAUCAUAAGCAUCAAUUGAUGAAGCUGAACUUUUUCUUUCCUUUCUUCUGAGAAUAAAUACAUAAAAGGGCUCAAAAAUACAGAAAGUUAUGAAAUAUAUCACGAAACGAUCACCAGUUCGUAAACUUGUAACAUAUUUAUAGGUAGCUUAUGGAUACUUGUGAAGAAAAAGUAAGAAGAUGGACAUAAACACCUAAACAACAUAACACAGCAUUAAGCAAACCAAUUACAGUCUACUGAAUAAAUAAGAUGUGGUAAACUUAUGUGAGCAACUGAAAGCCAAGCAGUAUUAUUAUGUACCGUUUUAUCAGCCGUUUUAUCGAUUUAAGUGCAUUUAUUCUGGAAUAAAAUGGAAAUCUAUUUAAACCGAACGAUAAUUGCGUUUGGAUGGAA